CGGGACUAUAUAAAUCGGUCGGCCGACCACCGUCAGGCAUCAAUCACCAAACGUUUGAUCUGCAGCAACAAGCUCAAGCUCAACACCAAGCAAAAAAAAAAACAACAAAAAAACAAAAACCAACAAAAAAAUCGUCAACAUGGCAUUCACUGUGAGUAAACUUUUCAAUUUAUAAUAUUAUUAUUAUUUAUACCCAGUCGAGUACUCGAACAUUUCCUUUCUUUUCGUACUCCCAAACAACUCUAUUCGAGUACUGGAUCGCUUUGUUUAAAAAAAAAAAGAAAAAGAAAUAAAAAUUCUGUUAAAUAAAAUAUCUUUGAACUAGUGGCGUAGUUACGUGGACUACUGGGACAGUUUGCCCCGGAGUUUUUUUAUUUCUAUUUCAAAAAGUCGGUAAAUGCGUUCAAGUUCCUGUCGGCCUAUACAAUUGUAAUAUUUCAAAAUGUAAUUUAAAUUUCGUUGUUAACUAUUGUCAUUCGCAAGUGACGCAAUACAUUCGAUAAUCUCCCAAAUUCCUUUUUUUUUUUUGUUAACGUCUCAAGUCUAUAAUACAAACCGUCUUUACAUAUUCGACAUAAAAAUAAUCGUGUUUUUUUUUGUACCUAAAUGCUUUACAGUUUUUAUCGCUAACGGAGCGAAAUCAUUGUAAUUUUAAAAUCGAUAUCCUUCACGUCUCCGGAACCCGUUCCCCUAUUACGUUGCCACUCUGAACCCGAAUACUCCAACGAUUCUCGUACGAUUCGAAAUACUUGACAAUAUUCAAGGCAUUUGAACCGGACUCGGUUUCGAAAAUAAAAAUCAAUUCUCACCCAGUUAUUAUUUAAAGUCUCCCGACGAUGACGCGUAUUUUUUCCCUCGGUUUUCGGUUACAAUGACGACGGUCAGGUCGACUUUUUGGCGAACGCGACAAGCAACCGGAACACCGCCCUUCCAUAUCCGCACCGAUAACCGCGACCCGGGUACCGGUUUCCCGGAUGAACCCGACUCCCCGGGUUAUUGGUCCAACACGUUGGACAAUAACGUUGGACGUUAUUUUUAUUUCUUCCGUUAACGUUUAACGCGAGCAUAACAUUUUUUAUUGUUCGUGGCCUGAUUCGAUUCGAAUUUAAGAGUUCGUGCAAAAUAAUAUUAAACUGUCCGCGACAUUUUUACCACGAGACGCGUUUGAUUUUCGUUGAAAUCGUUCGCUUGUUUUACAUAAAACAACCGUAAAAUCGAACGCGUAGGUUCGAAAAAUGAAAUAAAUUUUACAUUAUAUUACAUUUAUAUUAUUAAACCGUAUGCGAAAUAGAGAAAAAAAAAUAUGCAAAUCUGUUUAAUUUUUUGUAACUUUUAAAUAUAAUUUUUUUUUUCUUUUUUCUUUCGUAACACGUUUUUUGGCGACCUACACUUGACGUCGUAACACUCGACCGACGCUCAUAACAUACGUAUUUCUGCACGUAUACGGUUUCCCACGUUAAUAUUCUCGAACGCUUCCAUUUUUUGUCAUUAUCGUUUUUGACCCGAAUAGAUUUUCAUAAUAUCGCGUCGAAACUCAAAUGAAACGUUUCGUGUUUGUCGGCCAAUUCGACGUGUUAAUAACGUUUACAUACGAUACGCGUUUGUCCGCACUGUGUAAUUUUUACGGGAAAAACGAUCGAAACAUACAAUUGAAAAUUCAUAUUUUUGUUUAGCAAUUUUUUCUAACCUAUUUUUGUAUUUUUUUUUUCAGUUCGCAUUCAUCGCCAUCUCCGUCCUGGCCACCGCCUACGGAUCCCCUAUUGCAGCCCCGAUCUACUCUUCCGCCCCGGCCUACUCUGCGCCCGCCGCUCCGGCCUACUCCGCCCCGGCCUACUCCGCUCCGGCCUACUCCGCACCGUCAUACUCCACCCCCGCCCCAGCUUACUCUGCACCCGCAUACUCUGCACCGUCGUACUCUGCACCGUCGUACUCCGCACCCAAACCCGCCUACAAACCAGCGGCCUACGAAUCGUACGAUGCCCCGGCCCCGUACAGCUUCGAAUACAGCGUGAACGACCCACACACCUACGACGUCAAGAGCCAAUCUGAAUACGCCGACGGUAACGGUUACGUCAAGGGCUCCUACAGCCUGGUCGAACCCGACGGUUCCACCCGUACCGUUGAAUACACCGCCGACGACUACAACGGUUUCAACGCCGUCGUCUCCAAGAAGGAAGGCAGCGGAUACGCCGCCCCGUCUUACUCCGCCCCGGCCUACAAGGCCCCGUCUUACUCCGCUCCGUCUUACUCCGCCCCAGCCUACAAGGCCCCGUCUUACUCCGCACCAGCUUACAAGGCCCCGUCUUACUCCGCUCCGGCUUACUCCGCCCCGUCUUACUCCGCCCCGGCCUACAAGGCCCCGUCUUACUCCGCACCAGCCUACAAGGCCCCGUCUUACUCCGCUCCGGCCUACGCCGCCCCGGCUUACUCCACCCCAGCUUACUAAUAAGCACAACAACAAAAUCUUCCGACUAAUCGAAACCGAGAAGUCGACAUCUUAAUUUAUUGUUAUUUAUUUAUUUAAAAUGUAAAUAUAAUAAACAAUUUUCAUUUUUGCAAAUCAAAAACAUUAA